AUGACAGGACCCAGUGAUUACUCUCCCUGUGACCCGUACGCAAACCCACCGCCAUCAGAUUUGCAUCAGCAUUGCAUUAUGGGCAUUAUUCAUGGCCGGAGGGACCGGGACGAGAGGGACCGGGACGAGAGGGACCGGGACGAGAGGGACCGGGACGAGAGGGACCGAGACGAGUGGGACCGGGACGAGUGGGACCGGGACGAGUGGGACCAAGACGAGUGUGGCCGGGACGAGAGGGACCGAGACGAGAGGGACCGAGACGAGAGGGACCGAGACGAGAGGGACCGAGACGAGUGGGACCGGGACGAGUGGGACCGAGACGAGAGGGACCGAGACGAGAGGGACCGAGACGAGAGGGACCGAGACGAGUGGGACCGGGACGAGUGGGACCGGGACGAGUGGGACCGGGACGAGUGGGACCGGGACGAGUGUGGCCGGCACGAGUGGGACCGGGACGAGUGGGACCGAGACGAGAGGGACCGAGAGGAGUGGGGCCGGGACGAGAGGGACCGAGACGAGAGGGACAGAGACGAGAGGGACCGAGACGAGUGGGACCGAGACGAGAGGGACCGAGACGAGAGGGACCGAGACGAGUGGGGCCGGGACGAGAGGGACCGAGACGAGAGGGACAGAGACGAGAGGGACCGAGACGAGAGGGACCGAGACGAGAGGGACCGAGACGAGAGGGACCAAGAGGAGUGGGGCCGGGACGAGUGGGACCGGGAAGAGUGGGACCGGGACGAGAGGGACCGAGACGAGAGGGAACGGGACGAGAGGGACCGAGACGAGUGGGACCGAGACGAGUGGGACCGGGACGAGUGGGACCGAGACGAGUGGGACCGGGACGAGUGGGACCGAGACGAGUGGGACCGAGACGAGUGGGACCGGGACGAGUGGGACCGAGACGAGUGGGACCGAGACGAGUGGGACCGGGACGAGUGGGACCGAGACGAGUGGGACCGGGACGAUGGGACCGAGACGAGUGGGACCGGGACGAGUGGGACCGGGACGAGUGGGACCGAGACGAGUGGGACCGGGACGAGUGGGACCGGGACGAGUGGGACCAAGACGAGUGUGGCCGGGACGAGAGGGACCGAGACGAGAGGGACCGAGACGAGAGGGACCGAGACGAGAGGGACCGAGACGAGUGGGACCGGGACGAGUGGGACCGGGACGAGUGGGACCGGGACGAGUGGGACCGGGGACGAGUGUGGCCGGCACGAGUGGGACCGGGACGAGUGGGACCGAGAUGAGUGGGACCGAGACGAGUGGGACCGAGACGAGUGGGACCGAGACGAGUGGGACCGAGACGAGUGGGACCGAGACGAGUGGGACCGGGACGAGUGGGACCGAGACGAGUGGGACCGAGACGAGAGGGACCGAGACGAGUGGGACCGAGACGAGUGGGGCCGAGACGAGUGGGACCGAGACGAGUGGGGCCGAGACGAGUGGGACCGAGACGAGUGGGACCGAGACGAGUGGGACCGGGACGAGUGGGACCGGGACGAGAGGGACCGAGACGAACGAGAGGGACCGAGACGAGAGGGACCGAGACGAGUGGGACCGGGACGAGUGGGACCGGGACGAGUGGGACCGGGACGAGUGGGACCGGGACGAGUGGGACCGGGACGAGUGGGACCGGGACGAGUGGGGCCGGCACGAGUGGGACCGGGACGAGUGGGACCGGGACGAGUGGGACCGGACGAGUGGGACCGAGACGAGUGGGACCGAGACGAGUGGGGCCGGACGACGUGUGGCCGGGACGAGAGGGACCGAGACGAGAGGGACCGAGACGAGUGGGACCGAGACGAGUGGGACCGAGACGAGUGGGACCGAGACGAGUGUGGCCGGGACGAGAGGGACCGAGACGAGAGGGACCGAGACGAGAGGGACCGAGACGAGUGGGACCGGGACGAGUGGGACCGGGACGAGUGGGACCGGGACGAGUGGGACCGGGACGAGUGGGACCGAGACGAGUGGGACCGAGACGAGUGGGACCGAGACGAGUGGGACCGAGACGAGUGGGACCGAGACGAGUGUGGCCGGGACGAGAGGGACCGAGACGAGAGGGACCGAGACGAGUGGGACCGAGACGAGUGGGACCGAGACGAGUGGGACCGAGACGAGUGUGGCCGGGACGAGAGGGACCGAGACGAGAGGGGCCGAGACGAGAGGGACCGAGACGAGUGGGACCGGGACGAGUGGGACCGGGACGAGUGGGACCGGGACGAGUGGGACCGGGACGAGUGUGGCCGGCACGAGUGGGACCGGGACGAGUGGGACCGGGACGAGUGGGACCGGGACGAGUGGGACCGAGACGAGUGGGACCGAGACGAGUGGGACCGAGACGAGUGGGACCGAGACGAGUGGGGCCGAGACGAGAGGGACCGAGACGAGUGGGACCGAGACGAGUGGGACCGAGACGAGUGGGACCGAGACGAGUGGGACCGAGACGAGUGGGACCGAGACGUCUCCAAAGCUUUUGUCUCAAAGUUUUUAUGGUCUCGGGCUCAGAUCAAUGCUAAUGCUAUCUCUGGGUGCUCAGAGGAGAGACCGUGA